GCGUGUAAUGACUUGCAAACACACUCGCCUCUUGGAUGUCAAGCAAGACAUACAUCGCAACAAGAACGGGCCUAAGAGGAAGCCACAGGGUGCUGAGCUGCAAGCAUGGAGGCCUGCACGAUAGCUGGAGCCAAUCCCUGUCCUGGACACGUCACAGGAAUGCCGGGUAUCCUGUUCUCAAACCUCAUUCAGACCUUGAUGGUCUCUCAGUGUGCACUCGGAAGCCCAGAAAUCUACCCUGAAAACGAAAGUCAUCGCCUAAAAUCCACUUACGACUUCAUCAUCGUUGGAGCAGGUUCAGCGGGAGCGGUAAUUGCAAACCGUCUCAGUGAAAUUGACGACUGGAACAUUCUGUUAUUAGAGGCAGGUGGCGACCCACCGGUAACAUCAGAGAUCCCCGCGUUUCUAUUUAACACAAUCGGAUCGUCUAUUGACUGGGCAUACAAAGCAGAACAGGAGGAAGGCAUCUGUCAAGGCAUGGUUGACAAACAGUGUUAUUUGCCAAGAGGGAAAGUCCUUGGUGGGUCCAGUACCAUAAAUGCGAUGUUGUAUGUCCGUGGUCACAGAAGGGAUUACGACAACUGGGCUUCCUCUGGAAAUGUGGGUUGGAGCUACGAAGAUGUAUUGCCUUAUUUUAAGAAAUCUGAAGACAUGCAGGCAGUUUUCAAAAACAAAAAUGUUUCAAAGCUUCACGGUGUAGCGGGUUUACUGACUGUUGAACAUUUUGUGGACGCCAAUCCUCUCAAACCAGUAAUGGUCGAUGCUUGGAAGGAGUUGGGAUACAGGUACAUAGAAGAGGGCGAGGCAACGAUUGGAGUUAUGAAAUCUUUCGCUACAUUGCGGCAAGGAACUAGAUGCAAUACUGCAAAAGCUUUCUUAUCUCCGAUCAAGGGAAAGAAAAACAUCCAUGUUGCAAAAUUCAGCCAUGUGACCAAGAUACUAAUUGAUCCCGAUACGAAAACUGCUUAUGGUGUACAAUUCAAGAAUGGAAAUGAUCUCAAUACUGUGAAAACCUCAAAGGAAAUAAUAAUUUCCGCGGGAAGUAUAAAUUCACCACAGCUCUUGAUGCUCUCAGGCAUUGGUCCACGGGAACAUUUGGAAGAAAUGGGCAUUAAACCUAUUAUCAGUGAUCUUCCAGUUGGCCGUAAUCUCCAAGAUCAUUUCAUUCACUUCGGACUAGCAUUUUCUGUACUUAGAUCCAAACCACAGCCAGUUCCUCCGCAGAUAAUUCUGGACGCUACGUACGCCCUCUUCACCGGCAGGAAAGGCCCUUUCUCAGCCAUUGGCAUUACAGAUGUGCUCGCAUUUGUAAGUACUGAAAAUGACCCCGAUUAUCCAGAUAUCGAAUUCCACCACGUUCAUCUUCCAUUCAAUGACAGUCACCUUAUAUCAGCGUUAACAAAAUCGAUCGGAUUCUCUCCGACCACUGCCCAAAACUACCUCGAACUCGGUUCUAAGUCUGAUGUUAUAAUUCUUGUCCCUACAUUGCUAAGACCGAAAAGCAGAGGGACUAUUUUGCUGAAAAGUUCUGAUCCUUUUGACAAACCAAGAAUAUUCACUCAUUAUAUUAGCGACAAUGAAGAUAUUGAAAAAAUGCUGAAGGCAACUGAAUAUGCAAAUCGACUUGCAGGAACAAAUGUAAUGAAAUCCUUGGAAGCAAAACUAGAGAAAUUAAAGUUUGCCAACUGUGACGCCGAAUUUGGGAGCAAGAAAUAUCUGGAGUGCGCUAUGAGAAACGUAGGAUCAGCAAUUUUCCAUCCAGUGGGGACAUGCAAGAUGGGAGCAGAUGACCCUGAAGCAGUAGUCGAUCCAGAGCUGAGGGUGAAAGGUGUCAAGGGACUCAGAGUGGCAGAUGCGUCCAUCAUGCCAACCAUAAUAAGUGGGAACACGAAUGCCGCCGUCAUCAUGAUAGGGGAAAAGGCUUCGGAUCUUUUGAAAGAAAGCUGGAUCAAGAACUGAAGAUUCGGGAACGCUAAAAGAGAGAGCGAGAGAGAGAGAAAAAUUUAAAUUCUGAUGUAGAUAAUGUAGACAAGAAAUCUACUCGCUGGCCCAUACUGUAGAACUCAAGUAAUGUUUUAAGAGAUAACAAAUCCCGGAAAUGUGUAAAAAGAGAGAAAUAUGCACCUAACCCACAUGCACGAGACAGUUUAGUGUAGUGACUAGGAUACAGGCUAAAUAAUCGGGUUUCGAUUUCGGCAGGAAAAGACGUUCUUCUCUGCGCUACCGAGCCCAGACUGACUCCGGGACCCAAUCAGCUUUUUAUGCAACAGAGGUAACGUGAUCGGAGCUGAUAAAGAGAUUUGGCUGUGAAUUUGUUUAAGUAUUUCAAAGAUGUAUGAUUAUGUACGCCUCCUUUGCACAGUGUGUACAUAAAUGUAACUGUUUAAAUAGAAGAUUACACUCUCAGUCAACA